AUGUUAUGUUCAGUGGAUCUUUGUGCUGCUGAACCUUGUCAAAAUGGUGGAACUUGUGUACCAGAAGCUGGUGGAGUGUCAUGUAUGUGUGUGGAUGGAUUUAUCGGUGACAAUUGCGAGGGUGAGAUAAAUAUUAUAAUACUUAAAUCCCGUGAUCACCUGGUAAUUUUCGCGAGAUCUCAAUUU